GGACAGCGAACCAGCUGCCGGAGCGCCGCAAGGUCCGCGGGCCCACAGCUAGGGCUCCGGAGCGCUGCCGGCCAGGCGGGGCCGGGGAAGCGCAGCGGGACUCGGUUGGACGGCGCGGCCACGGAGACUGGCGCGGGUACAGCUCUGACGAGGGAAAAAAAGAGAUACCGCUUUGGGCAUUCUGAGCAUUCAGAAUGGAACCAGACAUAUCCUUGAAUGCCAUUAAGAUGAAAGCCAGUGACUUCCUGGAGAGGGCAGAACUGGACAGCGGAGGCUUCGGGAAGGUGUCUCUGUGUUUUCACAGAAACCAGGGACUCGUGAUCAUGAAAACAGUGUACACGGGGCCCAAAUGUACCGAGCACAGUGAGGCACUCCUGGAGGAGGCGAAGAUGAUGAACAGACUGAGACACAGCCGGGUGGUGAAGCUCCUAGGCGUCAUCAUAGAGGAAGGGAACUACUCCCUGGUGAUGGAGUACAUGGAGAAGGGCAACCUCAUGCACGUGCUGAAAGCCGAGAUGAGUACUCCGCUUUCUGUAAAAGGAAGGAUAAUUGUGGAAAUCAUUGAAGGAAUGUGCUACUUACAUGGAAAAGGCGUGAUACACAAGGACCUGAAGCCUGAAAAUAUCCUUGUUGAUGAUGACUUCCACAUUAAGAAGCUAAAGGAAGACCUAGCUCGGGUUAUGACUGGUGAUGAUGGUGCCAAAAGGCUCUACCAGUGUUUGGAAGGAAAGAUGGGAUGGGAUCAGGAGAUAACUGUCAGGCUAACUCAUAUCUUUUGGGGAAGAGUGGAAUUGAAUGGGAUCGCAGACCUCGGCCUUGCUUCCUUUAAGACGUGGAGCAAACUGUCUAAAGAGGAGCACAACGAGCUGAGGGAAGUGGACGGCACCUCCAAGAAGAACGGCGGCACCCUCUACUACAUGGCACCCGAGCACCUGAACGAUGUCAACGCAAGGCCCACAGAGAAGUCGGAUGUGUACAGCUUUGCCAUAGUACUUUGGGUGAUAUUUGCACAUAAGGAGCCAUAUGAAAAUGCUAUCUGUGAGCAGCAGUUGAUAAUGUGCAUAAUAUCUGGCAAUAGGCCAGAUGUGGAUGACAUCAUUGAGUACUGCCCAAGGGAAAUUAUCAGCCUCAUGAAGCUCUGCUGGGAAGCGAAUCUGGAAGUUCGGCCGACAUUUCCUGGCAUUGAAGAAACAUUUAGGCCUUUUUAUUUAAGUCAAUUGGAAGAAAGCGUAGAAGAAGACGUGAAGAGUUUAAAGAAAGAGUAUUCAAAUGAAAAUGCAGUUGUGAAGAGAAUGCAGUCUCUUCAACUUGAUUGUGUGGCAUUACCUCCUAGCAGGUCAAAUUCAGCCACAGAGCAGCCUGGUUCUCUGCACAGUUCCCAGGGAUUUGGGAUCGGUCCUGUGGAGGAGUCCUGGUUUGCUCCCUCCCUGGAGCACCAGCAGGAAGAGAAUGUGCCCAGCCUGCAGAAUAAACUCCAGGAGGAAACCAACUACCAUCUCUAUGGCAGCCGCAUGGACAGGCAGACGAAACAGCAGCCCAGACAGAGUGUGGCUUACAACAGAGAGGAGGAAAGGAAACGAAGGGUCUCCCAUGACCCUUUUGCACAUCAAAGACCUCGUGAAAAUUUUCAGAAUACAGAGGGAAAAGGCAUUGCUUAUUCUGGUGCAACCAGUCAUGGUAAUGCAGUAUACCAGCCCUCAGGGCUCACUAGCCAACUUCAAGUACCAUAUCAGAACAAUGGAUCAUAUGGCUUACGUGGCUUUGGAGCAAGACCACUGGCUCAAGGAACAGCAGGUCCCAGAGUUUGGUAUGGGCCAAUUCCAAGUCAUCCGCCUAGUCUGUAUAAAAGCCCAGUGCCUGAGACCAACUUUCUAGGAAACACACCCACCAUGCCCUUCAGCUCCUUGCCACUACCAGAUGAAUCUAUAAAAUGUACCAUAUUCAACAGUAGUGGCAUUCAGAUUGGAGCCUACAAUUAUAUGGAGGUUGGUGGGAUGAGUUCAUCACUAUCAGAUAACACAAAUGUGAACUUUAAAGAAGAGCCGGCUUCUAAGUACCAAGAUAUCUUUGAUAAUACCACUAGUCUGACUGAUAAACACCUGGACCCAAUCAGGGAAAAUCUGGGAAAGCAAUGGAAAAACUGUGCCCGUAAACUGGGCCUCACACAAUCUCAGAUUGAUGAAAUUGACCAUGACUAUGAGCGAGAUGGACUAAAAGAAAAGGUUUACCAGAUGCUUCAAAAGUGGCUGAUGAGGGAAGGCAUUAAAGGGGCCACAGUGGGGAAGCUGGCCCAGGCACUCCACCAGUGUUCCAGGAUCGACCUUCUGAACCACUUGGUCUACAUCAGCCAGAACUAACCCUGGACGGACUUUGGCAGGUCAAGCGACUCCUCACUUAGUGAAUUGCUGGAGACCCCAAGAAUGUGGGACGUGACCAACUCAGUAUCCCUCUGGAGGCUAUAUGAGUAAACAGCAAACUGUCCUCAUGAAACCAGGAUGUCAGCUGCCAGACGGAAAGUUGAGGGCAGUUGCGCCCCAGGUCCUGUGCUCCUUGAGGCUAUCUGUGCUCCUUGAGGUUAUCUACCUAAAUAUCUGUAAUCUGUUGGACAAAGGAAGCAGUACCUGUAUUAAUUCAAGUUCACCUCCUCCUCCCUAUUCACUUUGCUUAAAUACGAAGGGCUGUAAAAGCUCAGGGCUUUUGUUCACUAGAAGCAAAGAGCCCCCUGACCCCUUCUUUCAAAUAGAACCUUUUGUCUUUGUCUUCAAUUCCUAAGUUGGCUGCCUCAGAGCAUUCAGAAUUGUCCUCACUGAUAGGGGUUCUGUGUCCACAGAAAUAUUGUUUCCUAUAUUUCAUAGCUGGAGAAUGGGGAAAGAAAUCUGGAGCAAAAGGGUCUCACUCUGUUGCCCAGACUGGUCCCAAACUUCUCGACUCAAGUGAUCCUCCCACCUCAGCCUCCCAAAGUGCCAUGAGCCAUUGUGCCCAGCCAACAAUCCACUGUGAGGAAAGUGAGGCAGGAAGACCUCUUAAUGGCAUAGCACCAAUCAAAACAUGACUCCUAACUGGGUUUGGAAAUGAAGGGAAGAGAUGUCUGAGGAAGAUCCUUUUAUUUCAGCUUAUGCCGUUUUCUAGAGUUUUGUUGAGACGAGAAGAAAAACUCAAGAGAACAUAAAAUCAGCUUUUAAAAUUCUGUGCUGUGGUCUUCACAAAGGUUCCUGUUAUAACCAAAGUACAGUAGAACUCUAAGCCCUGCUCAAAGAGAUUUGUUUGUAUCACAACUGCAGCUCAUUGCCAAAUUACAGGGUCUGUAUUACAAUUUGAUACAGUAUCAAAUACUGUGUCAGUCACUAUAGGCUGUAAGAAUCACAUGCAGUCUUCAUUAAAUUAUCGAUUAUUUUUUAAAUUAAUUGAAUUUAUAGUCAGUUAAUUUUUAAAUUAACUGAACAGAUUUAAAGAGGUACUAAGGAGGGGGAAAAAUCAUGGGGAGGGAAAGACCAGAAUUUCCCAGGCAGUUAUUGCAAGGAAUUGCUACCAACUGUGACAACAACAAAAAUUCUUGAUUGACUUUUAAAGCUCUUUCCUGGCAUUCUGGUACUUUCACUCAGCCUGGGUGCCCUGGAGAGGGAAUAGGGAAUGUUGAUCUCCACCCCUGGAUGAGACCAGAACCUUAAGGCUGAUACUGCUGAGUGGCUUCCUCGGUUUACUCCUGCGUACUGUGAAAGUAUUUUCAUAUUUUUUCUGUGUGCCAGAGUAAAAAAGGACAGCUUCUGGGUCUGGUAAUGGUGCCUCUGGCAGCCUUUCAAAGCUCACCUGAAACCCGGGGGUGGAUGAAAGAACAAGAAGACUGAAGCUGGGUGGGCUGCUCAGUGUCUCCGCUGGCAUUUUGCUAAACAGAGAGGGAAGGCUGUGUGCUUAGCUCUCCCCAGAGGGAGGGCGAGAAGGGUGUGGUGAUGGUCAGUCUGGCUGUCAGAACCGAUUCUGGUGUCUUGGGCUGAUAACAGUGUUGUGGAUUCUGAUUCUGAAUCCCCUUGACUCCAGCAGACACAUCCAUACCCCUGAAAUGGAGCUGCGCAACAGGCUGUCUCAGCCUUGGCACUGUUGAUGUCCCUGGCUGGGUAAUUCUCUGUUGUGGGGACUGUCCUGUGUCUUGUAGGAUGUUUGGCAGCAUCCCUUCCCCUACCUACUAGAUGCCAGGGGCACUGAUCUCCCCCUCCUCCCUCCCCCAGUUGUGACAAAAAUGUCUGUAAACGUCAAAUGGUCCUUGGAAAGAAGAUUGCCCCGGUUGAGAAGAGCAUGCUGUAAAGUAAUGAGCCUCGGCUCUCCUGUCCGCACCCUUCCAGCUACUACUUGGCUGCCAUGCAGCCUUGGAUCCUGCAGCCCAAAAGGGAGAAGGGAGGGGAGGGGCCGGGCUUUGCGGGAGGGGCCUGGGUGAUUUCUGUGUGCUCCUUGUACCAUCUUCCUAAUGGUGUUAUCAAAUCUCUUAAUUUCCAAAGAGGUUGAAUAAUCAAUGUUAAAAGGCAAAAGGGCAAGACAUUUUUUAACACACUGUUUAAAAUAAAAUUUUAUGCCUCAACUAUA